CUUUUCUCACUUGGCGUCCCGGGCUCGAGCUGACUAGACGCGGAGCCAGUUAGUGUUUCCUCCUCCCCCUGCCGGGGUCUGUCCUCCCUCCGCCGUCUCCUUUUUCUCCGCCCGCGUCCCCGGGGGGCAGCGUGUGGGAAGAACGAAUUUCCGCCCGGUUUGCUCGCUACUCGCCGAGUUGGGUCCUUUCCGGACUCAGCCCGCGCUCGCCCGGCGGUUCCACCCGCGCCGCACUCCUGGUCCCGAACCGAGACCGAAGAGGCGCCGGCUGCGGAGGCCGAGCCUCCGGGGCUGCACAGCCAAGCCGCGCCCCCGGGGAGCUCUUGGAACGGCUCCCUCCUGCAGCUGGGGAAUCCGCUGGGCGGGGAGAAUCCGCGCCAGGGAAUCCAGCUCUCCGGACUCUGCUGCAAACAAAAAGCACCAGGGCUUGCUCCCUCCCCCGUCCCCCGACGCACACCAGGAGAAAUACUUUUCUACAGAAAUGCAACAAGUAGCACCCGGAGCUCGCCGAGCGCUCUGCGCUGCCUAACUUGGCCUGGAGAAGCCCGCCUGCAGAGACAGGGGCCAGCCACCGGACAAAGAGCAGAGGAGGGGCUGGACUGCGCAGUGAAAUCCGAAAGAGGCCAUUUAGCGACUCUAGCCAGGCCAAGGGGAAUGCGGAGAAGACACGGAGCCGGCAGGCUAAGAGGACUAUCCGGCCGCAGCACGCAGGGCGGACGGCGAUGGAGGCUGUCCGUGCCGUGCGCUUCCUGCUCGUGGUGUGCGGUUGUCUCGUGCUCCCGCCGGGGGCCGAGCCGGUGUGCCCCGAGCGCUGUGACUGCCAGCACCCCCAGCACCUCCUGUGCACCAACAGGGGGCUCCGCGCAGUGCCCAAAAUCAGCUCGCUGCCUAGCUCCCAGGACGUGCUCACCUACAGCCUCGCAGGCAACUUCAUAACUAACAUCACCGCCUUUGAUUUCCACCGACUGGGGCAGCUCAGACGGCUGGACUUGCAGUACAACCAGAUCCGCUCUCUGCAUCCCAAGACCUUUGAGAAGCUCUCCCGGCUGGAGGAGCUCUACCUGGGAAACAAUCUCUUGCAGGCGCUCGCCCCUGGCACUCUGGGCCCGCUGCGCAAGCUACGCAUCCUCUAUGCCAACGGCAAUGAGAUCAGCCGCCUAAACCGCGGCUCCUUCGAGGGUUUGGAGAGUCUGGUCAAGCUGCGGCUGGAUGGGAAUGCUCUGGAGGCGCUGCCAGACGCGGUCUUUGCCCCGCUGGGCAACCUGCUAUACCUACACCUAGAGUCUAACCGGAUCCGCUUCCUGGGCAAGAAUGCCUUUGCCCAACUGGGCAAACUGCGCUUCCUCAACCUGUCUGCCAACGAGCUGCAGCCUUCCCUGCGCCACGCGGCCACCUUCGCACCGCUGCGCUCCCUCUCCACUCUCAUCCUCUCGGCCAACAGCCUGCAGCACCUCGGCCCGCGUGUCUUCCAGCACCUGCCCCGCCUUGGCCUGCUCUCCCUUAGGGGCAACCAGCUCAUGCACCUGGCUCCUGAGGCCUUUUGGGGAUUGGAGGCUCUGCGCGAGCUGCGCCUCGAGGGCAAUCGACUGAGCCAACUUCCACUGGCGCUGCUGGAACCUCUGCACAGUCUGGAAGCGCUGGACCUAAGUGACAAUGAGCUGUCUGCCCUACACCCAGCCAUCUUCGGCCACCUGGGCCGACUGCGUGAACUCAGCCUACGCGACAACGAGCUCAGUGCCCUCUCAGGGGACAUCUUCGCUGCCAGCCCGGCCCUCUACCGGCUGGAUCUAGACGGGAACGGCUGGACCUGCGACUGCCGGCUGCGGGGCCUGAAGCGCUGGAUGGGCGACUGGCACUCGCAGGGCCGGCUCCUUACAGUCUUUGUACAGUGUCGCCAUCCCCCGUCCCUUCGAGGCAAGUACUUGGAUUACCUGGAUGACCAGCAGCUGCAGAACGGGUCCUGCGUGGAUCCCCCGCCCUCUGCAUCCCCAACUGCAGACAGCAGGCAGCGGCUCCUUGCGGGGGAGGAGGAGACGACGCCCCCUGCAGGAGGUUUUACAAAGGAGUUGCAGCCACAGCCACAGCAGCUGCCCCAACAACGGGGGCGAUUUAUAGCUGGGGUGGGCUGGGACGCUGCUGCCAGGGAGAUCGUGAGCAACCGCAGUGUUCUAAGGCUGAGCCGGCGGGGCCCAGGCCUCCUGCAGCACGUGGGCCCCUCCACAGCUCCUGCUGAGGGCCCAGCUCCACAGCCCCUGGACCUGCACGGGAAGCCCGAAGCGGGACGUCAGACCCGCGCCAGCCCGGCUCGGGCGGAGCCCACCCCGACGGUCGAGUCCGCCCUCCCGUCACUGCCGCCCCGCGACCCCUGGCAGCGCGCAGCGAAGCAGCGUCUAGCGGCCGCCGAGCAGCCGGAGCGUGGUGCCCAGUCCGACGGCGGGGUUGGCUUGCCGCCGCUGGUGUCCGAUCCGUGUGACUUCAAUAAAUUCAUUCUAUGCAACCUGACGGUAGAGGCGGUGGGCGCCAACAGCGCCUCGGUGCGCUGGGAGGUUCGAGCGCACCGCAGCCCCCGGCCCCUGGGCGGCGCGCGCUUCCGCCUGCUCUUCGACCGCUUUGGCCAGCAGCCCAAGUUCCACCGCUUCGUCUACCUGCCGGAGCGCAGCGACUCGGCCACGCUGCGCGAGCUGCGCGGAGACACCCCCUACCUAGUGUGUGUCGAAGGUGUGCUCGGAGGCCGGGUCUGUCCCGUGGCCCCCAGAGACCACUGCGCAGGGCUGGUCACCCUGCCGGAACCUAAUAGCCAGAGCGGCGUCGACUAUCAGCUGCUGAUCUUGGCCCUGCUGGCAGUGAACGCGCUGCUGGUGUUCCUAGCUUUGGCGGCCUGGGGGUCGCGAUGGCUGCGGAGGAAGCUGCGGGCCAGGCGGAAGGGCGGGGCCCCUGUCCACGUUCGGCAUAUGUACUCCACCCGACGGCCCCUGCGCUCCAUGGGCACCGGUGUCUCUGCCGACUUCUCUGGAUUUCAGUCGCAUCGGCCGCGCACCACAGUGUGCGCGCUCAGCGAGGCUGACCUCAUUGAGUUCCCCUGCGACCGCUUCAUGGACAGCGCUGGCGGGGGCGCUGGUGGCAGCUUGAGGCGGGAGGACCACCUCCUUCAAAGAUUUGCAGACUAGAUGCAGGACCUACAGGAGACCUUCUCAUUUGCCUUAGCCUCUCUGCCACCCCUCAACCCACCUCAGGGGAAAGCCUUAUUUUAUCAGAUCUCCUGUUCUUUUGGCAUUUGCCAGAGAGGUGAAGAGGACAGAGAGCCACUCACCAGUACUUGUGAAGCACAUGGGUAGUACUUGGUGCUUAAGGCAAUAGUAGGGGAGUAGUGGGUGUGGGGGCAGAGAUAAGAGGUUGUGGAACAGGUAGGGGAUGGCUUACAUAUUGGAUGCAAUGCAGUAAUCUGGCGGCCUCUGGGGUAGACCAGAGUGCUUGUGCCUCCAGCAUGGUGAGAAGCAUUUUGGUGCAUACUUUGUUUGCCCAGUGUUAAAACAAGGGAGUUUUGUUUAUAUUUAAGGCAAAAGGAACUCAGCUCCUUUGCAAAGGAGGCUUGGCAACUGUCCCCACUGGUUUGGUGGUCUCUGCCAAGAAGGUUGUUUUAAACAGGUGAGAACACUCUCACCUAGUCAUUUAUGUUGACUAAUAGAGCAUUCAGGAAACCGUAAGGUUAGAUAAUAACAAACACUAUUUUUUUUCUUCAACAAUGUGAAGAGCUGACAUUUAACAAACUGACCAAUAAACUGAAAGACUGUUUUAGUUGGACUGGGCCAUUCAACUAUUUUCCUUUUAAGGUGAACAGGAUAAGCACGUUGGGUGACUUUGACAGUAAAACUUACAUACGUUCUCAGGAGAAGACUGCAUGCAAGACCUCUCUGUCAGGGUUGCUCCUGUGGUUUUAAUUUUAUUUUUUUAACCUAAGUAUGCAAAAGGAAAUUUCAAUGCCAGAUUUGAUAGAAGAAUGUACUAUGUAUGUAACUGAUGACCCCCUGGGAAACCUGGCAUAGCUCACUUACCACAUUUCAGACAGUGUGUCCAGAUGGGACUAAAUUCGAGGUGCUCAGUGCAUUUUUAUCACUGACAAUACUGUGCCUGCUUCUCCUGAGUUACAGUUAAGUGAUAAAGGUAAUUUCCUAAUGGGGAAGCAGGAGAUAACUGUCCUGGCUGGGGGUAGCUCAGAGGUAGAGCCCUUGCUUAGCGUGUUUGUGUGUGUGAGGCCCUGGGUUUGAUACCCAGCAAAUCGAAAACAAAAGAAAAGGUAAUUGUCAGUUGAUAGUGCAGUCUUUGGCCACAUUAAUCCCUUUCUUUGUAUGAAAUAGCAGACAGGAAAAAAUUAUGAAAGACAAAUGUGAAAAGAAAUACAUUAGUGGGUGUCUCUUUCUACUAAAACCAGAAAAUUGUUAUGAGUACUUAAACCUCACUGUGAAAUAAUUAUAUGUUUUUCAAAUUAAUCCUUCCACUACCCAGUGUUUUAUUGUGUUAUUAAAUCUUUUAGUAAAUAGUUGCAGUAUUUCUUUUCAGUGUUUUUUAUUCUAAAUUUAGGAUUAGGCUCUUUUGCUUGUUCAGUGUUUUCAACUAUCUAGGAUAGAUUUGUUCCCUGAUAUUUAUGAAGUACAUGUUUAUCACUAAAUGUAGUGGUUGGGUUUAUGUUACUAAUGGUGUGUGUGGUCUGAUCAAGCAGUCACUAAGAGGGAAUGCACUGUGGUUAUAUUGACCUUGGCUGUGGAUUUAUCGGCAGCAGAGCACUGUGGGUGGAGGCCACUACAAUGGUGCUAAGACUUAACAGUCUUCUGUUUAGGGCCAACAGCCCUGAGCAUCCUGGUGUCUCAGGGAAUCCAUCACAGUCUGGGGGUCCUUCAACCCAGUUCACUCCAUUAUGUUUGGCCAGCACUGCCCUCAUCCCAACCAGUGAACAGGUGCCAGGGAUCUAAAUUAGCUGGUCUUUGUUUAUGUUCAGAUGAGUAAAUGUCCAGAUCACUUAAACUACAGUGGCUUUUCUGGCAGUCUUAUCUGUGGGGCCCAAACUUAAUAAACCACAGGAAAUAGGCUGUCAUUCUUUGUUUGCUGCCAGGCCUUGUUUUAGAUUCAGAGCAUAUGGGUGCACGGAAGAGGUAGGGUUGAUCUCUUAUUUUCUAUCCACAGGCUCUCUGGCCGCUUUCAUAUUCUUGGCUUUUUUUCAUGCAUAGUGAGAUUCCCUUUCUUAGCUAUUUUUUUUUUCACAGCAGUGGAAUAUUGAGUCCCAUUGAAAAUCUGGAAAAGACCUCUAAUUUUGUCUCCUACCCAUUCUUUUACCUGCAGAGUAUCACUGAAAAUGCCUAAUUCCUGGAUCUGUGUUCUAUUUAAAAUAGUUUCACUAAAAAGUAUUUCAGUGAGAAAUGAAUAAAUGUCAUACAUUGCUACGUUUCAGUUAUGUCAAUAAAUCCAUUUACUAAUAUAAAUGUUUUAUUAUUGAAAUUUCCAAUAUUUAUGCACUUUCCUAGUGAUUUACUUUUUUCAUUUUAGUUUUCAUCCAUGAAAAUGAAAUGUAAAUCUGAAGCUUUUCUGUCCUCGAUGUUUCUUUAAAUUUCCAUUUUAUUGGUAGAGUCUAAAUAAUAGCUUAAAGAACUGGCUGCAUGACUGUAUCCCAGAAACUAUGAGAUGUUUCUAAAGAUUGAUGGUCAACUGCAGUGUAAAAAUAUUGCUGAACACCAGUGACAGCAAAGGGGCUGGGUCUGAUCAAGCAUGGCCUGUCUAUUUCUUUUUAUCGGUACCGGGGAUCGAACUCACAACUGCCUGCUUGCAAGGUACGCGCUGAUGCCACUGAGCUAAAUCUCCAGCCCAAGCAUGGCCUGUCUUAAGAAAAAUUAAUUAGAAGCCAAACCCUUUGACUCUCACAAUCAAUAAUUUAAAGGAAUUAUCUUGAGUUGGAGAUCAUUUUUGCCCUUAAAGGAUAUGUUUUUGUAUGAGUUAGGAGUAGUCAGUUAAAGAGCCGUUGUACAGCCUGGAAUGUCUUGUGACUCUCAGCUCCAACAAUGAUAUUACUGCUUCUACAAGGCAGAGAAUUUUCAGUGUUGCUAAGUAAUCGCACAUGACCAGAAGGUCUUCAUUACUUUGCCAAACUCUGAUUUUCAUCAAAGUACAGCAAUAUGGGCACUUACUGUAUAUUAAAGUAUUAAAAUAGA